CCUUGGAACUGUGGACGUGCGUGUCGCUCGGCUCCUGGGACAUUUGGUGCAGCUUCUGAGGGCGGGGACGAGUUGACGCGGUUCAGUCUUUGCUUGUCGCUCGGGAGCUGCUUCUAAGUAAUUUCUGCUCAGCCAUGUCGCCAACUCCGGCUCCUGCGUUGGUCUCCCUGUUUGACCUCAGUGCGGAUGCUCCAGUCCUUCAGGGCCUUAGGCUGGUGAGCCACACGCCCGGCGAGGCUGUGGCCCCAGCUCUGCGUACUUCGUAUGCAGGUUCAGAUGAGAGGGAGAGCCCAGAAAGAAAACUGCUCCAGGGUCCUAUGGAUAUUUCAGAGAAGUUAAGCUGUUCAACCUGUGACCAGACCUUCCAAAACCGCCAGGAACAGAGGGAACAUUAUAAGCUUGACUGGCAUCGGUUUAACCUAAAGCAACGUCUCAAGGACAAGCCUCUCCUGUCUGCCCUGGACUUUGAAAAGCAGAGCUCCACAGGAGAUCUUUCCAGCAUCUCAGGAUCAGAAGACUCAGACUCAGCCAGUGAGGAGGACUUACAGACACUGGAUGAGAAGAGGCCUGAAUUUGAGAAGCCUUACCGACCCCAAGGCUUCUACCCUCAUCGGGUUCUUUUCCAAAAUGCCCAGGGCCAGUUUCUUUAUGUCUACCGCUGUGUCCUAGGCCCUCACCAGGUUCCCCCAGAAGAGGCAGAACUGCUGCUACAGAACCUGCAAAGUGGAGGUCCCAGAUACUGCGUGGUGCUCAUGGCUGCAGCUGGGCACUUUGCUGGUGCAGUAUUUCAAGGAAGAGAAGUGGUGAUACACAAAACCUUUCACCGCUACACAGUGCGUGCCAAGCGGGGCACAGCCCAAGGACUUCGGGAUGCCCGAGGUGGGGCACCACGCUCUGCUGGAGCCAACCUGAGGCGCUAUAACGAAGUCACAUUAUAUAAGGAUGUUCGUGAUCUGCUAGCAGGGCCAGGCUGGGCUAAGGCGCUGGAGGAGGCUGGGACAAUACUGCUACGUGCUCCCCACUCUGGCCGGUCCUUGUUCUUUGGAGGCCAUGGGGCACCCCUGCAAAGGGGAGAUCCCCGACUUUGGGAUAUCCCCCUCGCCACCCGCAGACCCACCUUCCAAGAGCUACAGCGUGUGCUCCAAAAGCUGACAACCUUGUAUAUACAUGGAGAAGACCCUUGGGAAGCAGUCAGAUUUCCCUCACCUCAGACCCACUGGAAGACAGUGAGAGAGGAGAAGAAGAAGACUACUGAGGAAGAAAGAAGAAAGGUCUCCAGUGAUAAAAAUGAGACACUUGGGCAGAAUGAGGAAUCUCACAAACAGGGUUCAGGGUCGGAAGGAGAGGAUGGCUUACAGGUAGAGUUGGAGCUAGUGGAGUUGACACUGGGGACCCUGGAUCUUCGUGAGUUUGAGGUAUUGCCCAAGCAAAAGAAGAAAAGAAGGAAUAAGAAGGAGAGAAGCCGAGACCAGGAGGCUGGGACACAUAUGACUCUUCUCCAGCAAUCUCAAGAAGAUGAGCCUUUCUCACAGUCUGCCCAGGCAGUUACAGCCCCCUUGGGCCCUUCGCUGGAUGAGUCCAAGGCCCCUGGUCAGCCAGAGCCCUGGGAUGUGCUUCUAGCUGCUUGCCGAGCUGGAGACGUUGGAAUGCUGAAGCUCCAGCUAGCUGCCAGCCCUGUAGACUCUGGAGUUAUGUCUCUGCUCAGUGCCCCCUUGGGCUCUGGUGGCUUUACUCUCCUGCAUGCAGCAGCCGCAGCUGGAAGAGGCUCAGUGGUUCAUCUGCUGCUGGAGGCAGGUGCUGACCCCACUGUGCAGGACUCCCGAGCCCGGCCACCUUAUACCGUUGCAGCUGACAAAUCAACACGUAAUGAGUUCCGAAGAUUCAUGGAGAAGAAUCCAGAUGCCUAUGACUAUAACAAGGCUCAGGUGCCAGGGCCACUGACACCAGAAAUGGAGGCCCGGCAGGCUAUACGGAAAAGGGAGCAGAAGGUGGCUCGGCGGCGACGGGUGGAACAGCAGCGGGAGCAGCAGGAGCAGGAGGAGCGGGAGCAAGAAGAACAGCAACGAUUUGCCGCCCUCAGUGACCGAGAAAAGAGAGCUCUGGCUGCAGAGCGCCGACUCGCUGCCCAGUUGGGAGCCCCUUCCCCUCCGAUCCCUGAUGCUGCAGUCCUCAAUGCUCGGUGUGGGCCAGGACGCUGCUGGAGUUGUGGGGCAUCCCUCCAAGGCCUCAUUCCCUUUCACUACCUCGACUUCUCGUUCUGCUCCACACGUUGCCUCCAGGAUCAUCGCCGUCGGGCAGGGAGGCCCUCUUCCUGAUCUCUUACCGCUUCACCUGGGGCCAACUCUAGGCCCUAAGAGGGCACAUUCACACUAGCCCUAGGUUUCUUCUUCCCCAUGAAACCAGAGAGUAUUUGGAAGAUUAGGGUGAAUGACACUCAGGAACCAGGGCAAAGACAGGGCCACAGAGGUGUGUGGAGCUGGUACUGUCUCUGGAGCUUUAAUCACAAUAAAGCUUGGCAAGGAA